AUAACGAUCGAACCGUCGGUCUCAUUCCUCUCCUUAACAUCGUCGUCCACCGCACUUUCUAUCUUCCAUUUGUUCUGUCGUUUCGCCUCUUUCUCCGCACCCGUCUGGUUCCUGGCUGUUUAUUUUUACUUGUGAAACAUGCCUAAAUGUGCUGUUUUCAUUGAACGCGCUUAAUGACUUCAUCCCACAUCCCUCAUUAACUUUAAUGCGGUCCGUGAAUCUGUUCGUCCACCCCAAUUUCCUCCUCAACGACAACUCCAAUUCGUGUCACCGCACACAAAAGAACAUUCAGCGCGUAAACACACAGACACCCCUAGACACGUUUAUACGCUGUACAGCAAACACCAUGCGCCUCUUCGCAUCCCGCAGACGAGAUGUGUCCCAGGCCACAUCCACCACAUUCUCCUGCGCAUCAUCAUCAGCAUCUUCAAAAGUAUCUUCGUCUUCACUGCCAUCAUCAACACGCUCCCCCUCCUCUUCCCUGACCUGGUCCCUCUGCACCCUCAUCAUCCUCAAUUCAUUCCUCACCUUCCUCUCACCCUCCACCGGCGGCGGUCUUGCCCACGCAGCACUCGACCCGGGCUUCUGUGGAGACUGCCAAACCUUCUCGAACGCCAUCGGAGUCUGCGGAGGAUCCUUCGGGGCUGCAGACAUCGAAAUCAACGGCGAAUACGUUCUCCAGCAGCAGUAUUCUAAAUGUAUCUGCACAGAGGUUAUGCAGAAGGUUCUCUGGACCUGCGCCAAGUGUGAGCUCUUGGCAGGUCAUCAGUCCAAGGCUCCACCACCGCAAAAGUAUCAGACCCAAUGCAUUGCUUGGGGUAUGACAGUUCAGGAGUGGAAGACACCGUACACGGGGGUUGUCGCCCCCGGCACUCAGACGGACGUGACAGGAGCUGGUGGAUCGAGUACUCCUGUACCACCAGCAACGACCACGACUGCGCCAACUGCGGGAAAGCCCAGUACCGGAGGUCCUUCGACCACAGUCGGAAGUGGAGGUCAGAACCCCCCCUCGACGACUGAUCCUAAUGCACCCAGCUCGUCCUCAGAUAACUCUGUCUCAGGCCCCGAUUCGACGACAGAGACGAAUUCAGGUCCCAAUGGCACUGCAAUCGGCAUCUCUGUCGGAAUCAUCGGUGUCGCCGUCGUAGCCGGUGUGGUGGCCGUCGUGAUGAUGAAGCGCCGUCGCCGUCGCCGCACGCCUUUGGAUCUGGACUCCUUGCCUGCAGAGGCUAGCUUUGUCGCCCUGGAGGAUAAGUGGGAAAAGCCCCACCACCACUCUGGCUCGCCUCCUUUGCCACCAGCACCUAUUGCUAGUGCUGCGCCUGUAGUCGGACGCGGCGGUCGUGGUGGGUACCAAAUGGAGGGUAGUGUUGUUGGAGGAUAUGACCCACAGUACGAUGGAGGGUAUGGUCAAUAUGGACACGGGGGACAUGGUGGAUAUGACGGAUAUGGCGGCAGUGUACAUGGACAGUACAUGAACCAGUAUGAUGACCAGUAUGUGGGAUACCAUCCAAGCCAUCAGCAGGAGGCCUACCAGAUGCAUGACUACGGCUACGAACAUAAUAAUCAAGGCCCCAAUGCGCAGUAUCAUCCCGGUGGACUUGCGAAAGGCGACAAAGGCGCGUACCUGUGAACAUGGUAGAUGUUCUUGAGGCAACAUACAUGCAACCAUUCCGACACUCAUCACUCAGCAUAGAUGCAAUUUAGUUCGUAAUAACCUCCUCCCCUACAUUAAAAAGUUUUAUCAUUUCUGUGUCAUGUCAAAGCUCAUCAACUCUCGCUAAUGCAUCCGCAGUUCUUUGUUGCCGUAGUC